UGCCAAGUACUUAAGCUAGAGUCCUCAUCUUACUUUCUUGAUACUAUAUUUAUAUUCUCUCUUCUUCUCCAUUUUCAAGAGGAAUGCAUCAAUAAAACUGUCAUUUCAUAUAAGUUGUCGCGGCAUAGAAUCAAUUUCUUUACUUUGCUGUGUAAUUAAAACAUAGUGUUAACGAGCAAGAAAACAGAUGUGCUAAGGCGCAACAGAUGUUCUAAGUGAAGACUGGUUAGAACCUGAGAUUCCACAUAUGUCUAAUUGGCCACAGUCCGAUAACAACUUAUUCUCAUCAAGCCUUGCAAGCUAUCUUGAUAGAAAAAUUCUAAUAUUACUACGAGAUGGUAGAGAAUUCUUGGGAACAUUCCGUUCUUUCGAUCAAUAUGCAAAUAUAGUAUUGGAAGAUACCUCAGAACGAGAAAUGGUGGGAAAUCUCUAUUGUGACAUACCUUUGGGUCUCUACAUUGUUCGUGGGGAGAAUGUUAUGUUGAUUGGAGAACGGGAGUCUAACGAGGAGGAGCUUCCGCCAUACAUGACUAGCGUGUCAGCAGCAGAAAUCAAAAGGGCUCAAAAGGCAGACAAGGGUGCCAUGAGAAGGAAAAUGGAGUUUCUUGACUUUGACUAGCAUUUAUUAUUAAUUGUUAAUUAUUUCCCUUUCCCAUAAUGUUGCAUGCCUUCUUCACAAUAAUACUCAAACUAUAUUUAUGUACAUCAAUGAAUAUUCAUCAGUACUAACUUGGACCACUUGUCAUCCUUAAAUGUCCAAAGAGGAAGCAUCUUUUGUAAUGCAUUAUUCUUCAAAAGAUUAUUUCGAUCAAAUGGUUUCCACAAAAUAGAAAAAUAUUUUUCUUAAGGAA